AUGGACGCCAAGAAAGGCGCUUGGACCGACGAACUUGACAGAGUGCUCUGGUCUUAUCGUACAACCCCACGAGAAGCUACGAACCAGACCCUGUUUUCCUUAGCCUACGGAAUGGAAGCAAUGGCACCAGCUGAGGUCGGCAGUACAAGCCUUCGCCGAACAAUGCUCGUCCAAGACACAACACUCAACACCUAUAUGAUUAUGGACAGGCUAGAAGAGCUGGAAAAAGAACGCGACAAGGCACUUCUACGAAUACAAAACUACCAACUCGCCGCCACCAAGUACUACAACAAGAAAGUCCACAAUCGGCACUUCGACGAGGGAGAUCUUGUCUUGUGA